AUGCAGGAGUUUUACGACCUGCCCGAGAGAUUGAAUGAGCAGACCGUCUUGUGGGAGGAUGUGGUUGAUAUACUGCCUCAACCUGUGGACCUUGCGGACGUGCCGACAUUCACAACCUUGUUCGACAAGGGUGCACGGGGCUACCGGUCCAUCGGCGUCACAAGGCGGUACAGUAUGCGCGAUCUUCUCGAGAGAUACUUGCAGCAAUACGGCGACUGGGAGUACGUGCGUGGGGCUACGCAAGUGCUGCACACGCAGUCUGUACAACAGCAGCAGCAUGUCCAGUACAUCCGCGAUAAACGCACCAAGAGAGAACUGUUUGUACUCGAAAUCCUCAAGGUUAAUUCGAACCCUGAAACUGCCACCUUGGACGCCGACCAACUCAAAAAGCUGACUGUUGCUCAGCGCGACGCGCUACUGGUCGCCGAGUGGCCCGAGAUUCCACUUGACCACCCCUUCCUGAAGGGAUUUAGAGAAAGGGGAACGGUGUCACCCCGCCGCAGCACGGUCAAGGCCAUCGCGGGCAUGGUACGGCUGAGAGUCGAGUUCCCCGACCUGGAAAUGUCAACCGUCGCCUACGGCGAGUACCAGAAAUACGUUGACGCGAUCGGCUGUCGACUCGUCGACGAAAUCACCGGCGGUGCCUUUACGUCCACAAGGUCGAUCUGGCUAUCACGACAGCCCCGUUGGCGCGAACUCGUACCUGCGGCUGUGGUGGGUGCAUUUGCACGACUGGAAAUUAUCCUGGACUUUGACGGCCUGGCGGAUCGCCGUGUAAGGUUGGGAAUGGUCGAAGGCGAGGCCGGCCCCACGAAACUGUGGCCGUUCGUGUACGAGAACGACGCCCACGAAAUCGACAAGCUGCUGUGUGCCCUCCGGCUUAUCCGGCAUGCCCAGCUGACCGAAUGCGAGUGCACGGAUGGUCACUUUGACGCAGCGAUUUCCCUGGUGGGUGUUUUGGGAUGUGACGCACACACCACCGCGAAUGUCGCGGAACCACCGGUGCUGCGCCUGCUACUCGCCAGCGCCAACACCCUGUGGCCACCGGACCUGGCGGCCCGGUUGGGUGCCUAG